AUGACUCUCUCCCUCUGGUUCACCCCUCCUUCGAAUGAUCCGAUCACCUCUCAGCUCCGCUCGCUGAUCACCACCCUCGCUUCCAACUGCCCACACAUCUUCCCCAACUCACCAGUCUUCCCACCUCAUGUCACCGUCGUCUCAGGAAUCCCCAAAAGCGCAGAUCCAGAGGAGGUGAUGGACAAAAUCAUGGUCGAGUUGAGAAGACGGAUGGAUGUGGGGCCGCUGGGGGUUGAGUGGGAGCAAGCAGAGACGGGAAAGACUUAUUACACGCGGUUGUAUUACCCGUGCAAGGCGUCGCUUGGUUUACUUGGAAUUGCGGAGUAUUGCCGUCAUGCGUUUGUUCCGGAUCAAUCGGAGGAGGAUGCGGAGAAGUGGGUGAAGGAGACGUACUACCCUCAUCUUUCUCUAGCGUACGCUGAGCCAGAGACUGGUGAUAACAAGGAAGCAUUUGAGCAAGUCAAGGGAACUGAGGAGGAAAUCGGUGUGGGAAAGGGUUGGGUCGGUGGGAAGAUCGUCUUAGUGGACACAAGUGGAAAGUGUGAAAACUGGAAGGUCUUGGGAGAGCGGAGGGUAUGGUAG